AUGAAUAGCACUAGUAAUAUUAAUACGAAUCAACAAGGUGCAAUUACAGAGACAUUUAUUAAGAAGAUUUUAGCACAUUUGGAUAACACAGAUGUAAACAAAUUACAAGAAUUUUUGCAGUUAUUUGCACAACCUCCAAAUGCCAAGAUAAUAUAUAACUCAGCGCCAUUCUCUGAUGCGAUGCAAUUUCUAACAUUGUGGCAGCAACAAAUGGUUGCUACACAACAUACAUUAACAAGUUUAGAUUAUCAUGUUAUACCAGGUUCAGGUACAUUAAUAUGUAAUAUAAAUGGUAAAGUAAGAUUUGACGAAAGUGGGAGAGAUAAAAUGGGACAAGAUUCGAUUAUAAGACAAGGAAAUCAAAACAGUCCAAAUAGCAAUAGCAAUAUUGGUAGUAGUGGUAAUAGAAGACAUAUUUGGGGACCAUAUUUUGGUAUAUCUUUACAAUUGGUAUUGGCAGAUUCUAUUUACUCUAACCAAUUCUUAGGUGUGAUUCAAACAUUUAACUAUACUGUAGUCUAUAAACCAGAAGACUCCCUUAUGGAAAUGUAA